GCCCGCCGGCCCCAGCAGCUCGCCGCGCCGCUCGCUCGGCGGCUUCGCGUCUCCGGGGGGUAGGAGGGAGAUGCCUUCGCCGUGGUUUUUCCAACCCCAGCCCUCUCCGUGCCGGGGGGGGCGGUGAUGUGGAGCCGAGAAUGUAGAGCAAAGCCCUCUCCGGGAAGGAGCGACCAAAACAAACGUCUCGCCGUGGCUUUGGCGGCCGCGCAGUGCCCGGGGAAGCCCGAGCAGCCCCUGCCAGCACUGGGGAAUCCCUCCUCCAGCCCCCGGCGGUGCCCCGGGCGCCCGCGGAGCAAGCUGCAGGAAUGGAUCAGUCCAUCUGAAGAGGACUCUAUCCAAACAUUUGCAGUCUCCAAGCGCAUUCUCCUAAAGACUGGCAUUACAACUGCACCCUUUUUACAAUGGCUGAGAAGGCUCCACCAGGGAUCAACAAAAAGUCUUCAAGGUCGACCCUUUCCCUUCCUCCAGAACCAGUGGAAAUCAUUAGGAGCAAAGCUUGCUCGCGGAGAGUUAAAAUAAAUGUAGGUGGGAUCAACCAUGAAGUGCUGUGGAGGACUUUGGACAGACUUCCGAGGACACGAUUAGGAAAGCUCAGAGACUGCAAUACUCAUGAAUCUCUGCUGGAAGUAUGUGAUGACUAUAAUCUAAAUGAAAAUGAGUAUUUUUUUGAUCGACACCCAGGGGCUUUCACUUCCAUUUUGAAUUUCUACAGGACAGGGAAACUACAUAUGAUGGAAGAAAUGUGUGCUCUUUCUUUUGGCCAGGAGCUUGAUUACUGGGGGAUUGAUGAGAUAUAUUUAGAGUCUUGCUGCCAGGCAAGAUACCAUCAAAAGAAAGAACAGAUGAAUGAGGAGCUGAGGAGAGAGGCAGAGACAAUGAGAGAGAGAGAAGGGGAAGAGUUUGACAAUACCUGCUGCCCAGAGAAGAGGAAGAAGCUCUGGGACUUGCUGGAGAAGCCCAACUCAUCUGUGGCAGCAAAGAUUUUGGCCAUUGUGUCCAUUCUCUUCAUCGUAUUGUCCACUAUUGCUUUGUCUCUUAACACGUUGCCAGAACUUCAAGAAAUAGAUGAAUUUGGGCAGCCAAAUGACAACCCUCAGCUAGCGCACGUUGAAGCUGUGUGUAUUGCUUGGUUUACCAUGGAGUACCUUCUGCGCUUUCUGUCCUCACCAAACAAGUGGAAGUUCUUCAAGGGGCCGUUAAAUGUCAUUGACUUACUGGCUAUCUUGCCAUACUAUGUCACCAUUUUCCUCACGGAGUCCAAUAAGAGUGUACUGCAGUUCCAAAAUGUGCGACGCGUGGUUCAGAUAUUUCGUAUUAUGAGGAUCCUAAGGAUUCUUAAACUUGCCAGACAUUCAACAGGCCUUCAGUCUUUGGGCUUUACUCUCAGACGGAGUUACAAUGAAUUAGGCUUGUUGAUACUAUUUUUAGCCAUGGGGAUAAUGAUAUUUUCGAGUCUUGUAUUCUUUGCUGAAAAAGAUGAAGACGCCACCAAAUUUACCAGUAUCCCUGCAUCAUUCUGGUGGGCAACGAUCACUAUGACUACUGUAGGAUAUGGUGACAUUUAUCCUAAGACUCUGUUAGGUAAAAUCGUAGGAGGACUUUGCUGUAUUGCUGGAGUGCUGGUUAUAGCCCUGCCUAUACCAAUUAUUGUGAACAAUUUCUCAGAGUUUUACAAGGAGCAGAAAAGACAGGAGAAGGCAAUUAAGAGGAGAGAAGCGCUUGAGCGAGCUAAAAGAAAUGGCAGCAUUGUUUCCAUGAACCUGAAAGAUGCCUUUGCUCGCAGCAUGGAAAUGAUAGAUGUAGCAGUAGAUUCAGGUAAGCCUGGUGAAGCAGCCAACUCAAAGGAGACACCCGAUGACAACCAUCUGUCACCGAGCCGGUGGAAAUGGGCCAGAAGGACAAUGUCUGAAACAAGUUCAAACAAGUCUUACGAAAACAAAUACCAAGAAGUUAGCCAACAAGACUCCCAUGAGCAAUUAAACAAUGCCGCAGCAUCCUCCAGCCCACAGCACCUCAGUGCUCAGAAGCUGGAGAUGCUAUAUAAUGAAAUUACUAAAACUCAGUCUCAGCCUAAUCUUAAUGCUGGUUACCAAGACCAGUCCGCAAAGCCACCUACAUAUGAGGAAGAAAUAGAAAUGGAAGAAGUUACAGGGCAGAGAGACCAGUUGCCGGCUGGGCCAACAGACGUCAUCACGGACAUAAGAAGCACAUCUAGUAUCGACAGCUUUGCCAGCUGUGCCACCGACUUCACAGAAACAGAGAGGUCUCCACUUUCUCUCUUUCCUGGCUCUCACUUGCAGAUGAGGUUCCCAAGUGAUUCUGCCAACCCAGAAGACAACCAAAGAGUAAGGAGUUCUCAGUUUAUGCCAUUCACAAAAGACAGAAUGUUUUCUCCAACUGAUAUCACCUUUGACUAUACUCCGAUCGACAGAGCUGUUAUCAGUGAUGGCAGUGGGACCCAGACUGUUUUGCAUGGUCAUUUACAUUUCGACACUGCCAUGGAAAGCCCCAAAAGUUCUCUGAAAGGUAGCAAUCCAUUAAAAUCCAGAUCCCUUAAAGUUAAUUUUAAAGACAAUAGAGGAGGUGCUCCUCAAACUCCACCCAGCACUGCAAGGCCGCUGCCCGUGAUGGCAGGAGCAGACUUUCCCCAGGCCACCCCUCAGCACAUCAGCACCAUUCUCUUGGAGGAAAAUUCACCCCAAGGUGAACGACCUAUGCUUGGUGCAGAUGCAGCAGGACUUUGUCAGGGACCUUCCAAAAAAUUAUCCCCUCUGUUUCCCAAACAAAAGAUUUUCACUUUCCCUUCAAAAGAGAGGAGGAGCUUCACUGAGAUAGACACUGGAGAAGAAGAAGAGUUUAUGGAGUUACAUGGUAUAAAACAUGAGAAACAACAGGAUAUUAAAACAAAUUGCUGUGGGGACAAACACAGUGAUGGCAACCAUUUAACAGAGGAGCCACAGGUCAGCUCUUCACCCAAAAGCAUGAGUCACAACUGUACUCAAGACAUUUACCAUGCUGCGGGUGAGGGGAAGAAAGACAGUAACCAAGAAGGCCACAAAAUGGAAAACCAUUUAUUUGCCCCAGAAAUUCAUACAAGUCCAGGAGAAACUGGUUACUGUCCCACACGUGAAACUAGCAUGUGACUAGUUACAAAAGCAAUAAAAAUACUUUUUCUUAAACCACAGUUAGUAAUGCCUAUGAACUAAAACAUGGAAAGCCUCAAAAAAAAAAAGAAAAAAAAAAGUGCAUAAAAUGUUAUUUUUGCAUGGCAUGAAGAGUUCUUUAGUUUAAAUACUGUUUCAUUAAAAAAAAAAAAAAGACUUCUUUUUGUAAGAAACUAAAAAAAAAAAAAAAAACAGGAAAAAAAUGACUCGAGAACAGUGAAUAAAAUAAAGAGAGCUCUGCUAAGAGCCAGUGUUCUGCAACAUCUGACAUUUUCGAUCCUUUCACUUAUGAUUGUAGACAGGUUUUGAACUCUUUUAACUUUUUGGUUCUCUUGGUUACAAAGAAUUUUAGAAUUUGCACAUGAAAGGAUGAAAUGUCAGUGCAUGCAUUGAUAACGAUGUGAAACAAGGUGCUUUGGUCUUGCAAAAUGCAUAUAUUUGUAAAUAGUUGGGGUUGGGGGAAAAGCUACUGGUGAAAAGGAUUUGUGGGAAAAGAAUUUCCUGGGACACAGGUACUUCCUUCACAGCGUGCUGCCUGGAGGUUUUGUACAGACUUAUGUUGCAAAAUUGCAACUUCUACUUAAAGCAUCUCACCUAUCUUGCUUUCUGUUAAAAAGCUCAUGAAUAUAUCUGUUAAUUAAGGGACUACAUUAUCUUAGUUUGUCUGUGCUGUAAAUCGUAGUUUUUUGGGUUUGUUUUUUUUUUUUUAUUUGCAUAACUUUUGUUAUUGCAUUUGUCAGUUUAAUUAAUGAUCCUUGAGGAAAAACAAAGAUUUAAUGACCAGAACUUGAGGCAUUUGAUAUUUUUAUAGAAUACUGCCAACAUUUCAUAACUAAGAAAAAAAAAUGUUCCAUUUUAAAUUUAAACAGCAACAACAUAGAAUUCUUUCUGUGGCAAUAAAUAGUGCCAAAUGGCUACCUUCAUCUCAAUCUCUCAAUAUAUUUUAUAUUACAAGAAAUAUUACUCCCAUUCUUUCUUCCGCUGAUUUAAAAUAUUCUCUUCUAUGAUCUUCGAGAACUCUUAAUAAUUCUUCUUCCCCUCUAUCUCCAAAUCCCCUUCUUUACACACCACGCCCGUACUUCGCUGAUGGCAGUGCUAUUGAAGCAGUUUUCAUGUGAAGACAUAAGGCACAAAUUUGGACUGACAGAUGGUAUUACCUGACACACCAACUUUGCCUCAACCCAUUCUCCAGUGGCUGUUCCAAAAGCUCAGUAUAUGCUUUUCUCUAUGCAUAAUGAAGGGAAAUGUCAAUGCUUCCACUGACAUCAACCAAACAGCUUUGCUUUCUCUGGUAUUCUCCAGCUUUAUUAAAGAAAAGUGCUGAACCAAAGCCUUCAUUACAAACAGUCUGAAAAAAAAAAGCUACUAGUUUUUUAUCCAGCACCAAUAGCUUCCAGUGCUAUAGUCAUAAUAAUAAUAAUAAAAACCCAUAGAUUGUUUCAUUUCCUAAACCAUAAAAAGUUCAUUCAAUUCAUUAAUCCUAAUCAUAAGCAAAAAUGCAGCUACACUAAUGUGCCCUAUGAAAUGCUCUUUUUUUUUAGGAAAUCAGAAUGCAUGUCUUUUUGCUUGCUGUCCUCUGAUUUCUUCUGAAAUUGGAUGCUCCCAACAGCUUUGUCAGUGCAGUAAGUCCAGCCUCACAGCUAAUAAAUAGGCAGAAGGCCUGGCAGAGCAGUCCAAUGAGCAUCAAGUCCCUGCUGUUCCAUGGGCUUAUUGCCUGAGUCUGAGCCCCUCGCUUCCCUAUGCACAAAAGGAAGAUACUGCUUCUCUCAGGUCAGGAUUAUUACAAUGAACCUUGUAAAGGCUGUGAGACAACAAGGAUGAGAGCCUUAAAAGCACUUUAGACCAACCAAAAGCUGGUUGAUCACAUCAGGCUUCUACUUCCCAGUGAGGAGCUCAGCUAAAUUUUACUAACGUGCAAUUUUCUGUUAUGUAAAUUGGUGUAAAUCAGCACCUAAUACAUUUGAUGUAAAAGAGCAAGCAUUUUAUUGCAACAUUGUCCUCUGCUUGACUUGGCUAGGCUGAUGUCACAGCCUGCUCCAUAGAAAAGAGGUAAGUUUGAAAAGCACUGGUGGCUGGACCAAAUCAUGAGUAUACCACAAAUUCUUUGCUUAAGUAAUCAAGUUUUGUAAGAUUAGAUCUCCAUACAAACGCUAAGUUUUCUCCUCGCUCAUUUGAAACACUGGGAAUAUAAUGUUAUUUCUUCAGAACAAUGUCUGGUCAUUAAUUCUCAAAAUAAAAAUGAUAUAUAUUUUUUUUAAUUAGUUGCAGUUCAUUGCAACUUGUUGCUGCAUUCAAUUUUAACUAUUUAUAUGGCAUCCUGCUUAAUCAUGUUGUGUCUCACUGUCCCAGAACUUAGCUCUUAAGUAUUUUAAAGUCGUUAAUCUUCUAUAUUUAUUUUUAUGUUUUCUCGCUAGAUAUUUUCAGUGACAAAAACUAAAUGCCAGUCAAUUUUUAUAUGCCUAAAGUGUUGGUCUGUAUUUUCUAUGUGCAGUUUUAAUGAAAUCACAUGGGCCUGUUCGAUCUGCCUUUACAUCCUAGUGGAUAAGGAAGACCAAAUUGAGUCCAAAUGGGACCUGAUCCCACGCUCUGGAUCUACAGAAAAAUCCCAUUCGAGAUGACAGUGUUGUUCUGGCAAGGCUGAGGUCUGUGUCCUGUGUCUAAUGUGUGCUUUUUCUCCCUGCUGACCCUUAUACUUUUGGAAAGCCCUCUUGGAUCAGUGUCAUUUCUGGAAAGGGAGGAUUCCAGCCAUAGGCAACUUAUUUCAGGAGCAAAGAUUUAAUUCUUUACGCUCUCCUGAACUAAACCAGUACUUUAUGCAAACUUGAGUCCCUAUGGAAAGUUUAACCGUGGUAAAAUCAAAACCUCAGUCCUUGUGCAGAUGAAUUCCCCUGAAACCAAUGAGCGUCUGCCAGGAAAAGGGACUGACUGUAAACAAGGACAGUAAGACUCUCUCUUGAGUACCAUCAACAGGAGCUUUAACUACGUAAGCCAGUUGAGAAGACCAGGCCCUUAUUGACUGCCAUAUUUAAUUUUCAGAGAAGCACAGUUAUUUUGAAAUUAUACAAGCAAAAGAAAUGCAAUUCUCUUUAUUAACAGAUGUUGUAUUUUUUUGAAAGCUUUAAAGCAAAAGGAUCAAGCUUUAGAAGUGCUUUUGUUAUAAUUUCAUUGAUUCAUUACAUACUUUUGACUAUGCUGAAUAUUAUUUCCAGAGUCCGGGGGUAGGACAUUUGGUAUUUCCAGUCUUGGCUGCAUACAUGGGAUACAGUCCUGCAUACCUAGCUCAUGAAUAACUCCUGAUCAAAAUAGUUACUUGACUAGUUGCAGGACUGGAUCUGGAUGUGCUGCACUACAGCAUGUGCAAGAAGUGCAGUCCAGGACCUCUUCAUUCAUCAAGAAUAUCAAUUGCUAUGUAGCAAAUUAUGCAAACUACCUGAGUGUAUUUUUCUGCUUUUCUAAAAUUUCAAAGCCAUUUCAGACCUAUUAUCCAUUUGCCACACUAAGGGGAGGGUAUUUUCAGUCCCGGAGUCAGCCUCCAACAGUUGUGGAAUUUUCAAACAACUUAAGGAGUCCUGAGACAAAGUUACUCCCCUGUGCGUCUGAGAGGAGUCUGACUCUUCAUAUCGUUGGAAAAUGAAGAUUGUUCAGGGAGACAGCUUUGCAAUCAGUCUAUUUUUUACAUUUUAUACUAACUGCAGAAUCCUGAAUCAAAGUUGUAAUUAAUUUUCAAUGAUGAAACCAAAUGAACACGUUUAAAUGAUGCUCACAGAGUAAUCAGAACAGUUUUUGAGUAAAUAGUAACAUGAAUUCAAAUGGAGGGUGGGGGGAAUCAUGUAUCGCACAAAUUGCAAAGUCAGUUCAUACAGGAAAGCUGUUUACAGGGGAAGCAUAUAAAGAAUGUAACAUGGUGUAGAAAGUUAUUGCACUAGGGAAUUUAUACAAAAUACGUUUUUUAAACAAAAACACAAAAGGCCUUUUAAUGCUUCAAUGUCUAGAAUAUAGGAGCUUCUGUGCUAAUGCAGAAAUCUAAUGCACUGUGUCCUCGCCUCAGAAUUGGUCUCAAAAUCCAAACAUUAGUGAUGUCAAAGAGGUGAUAUCUGAUCUAACACUAGAGCAACUUAAAGAGCUGUUUCUUUUUAGCACAAGGUUAUGCAGCCAAAAGCAUGUACAGAAAAUCGCAUUUUUGCCUUUAACGUGUACAAAUCACAGUGGCAAUUGGCUUCUUGAUAUUUCCAUAACACCUGGCCAUAUUUUUGUGUUCCUUGCUCACGUCUCUAAGCGAUAAACAACUUGUUCAUUUAAAACUAGGUUUCUUCCUCUGCGUAUAUCCUGAGCUUAGAUCUGUUUCAAACAAGGUUUACCUUCAAAUCACCUAAUUAACUCCUUCACUCUCAUCCCUAAAGCACAGUUCAGUACAAAUGCUACUUGUCUUUUUCAACUUCUACUGCAAACACAGUCAGUCUGGUAAAAAUGUCCAGGGCCUACCUAGCCAUCUUUUUUUCAUUCGUAUGAUUUUGGGGUCAAUUCAUGCCCCCCCCCCCCCAAAAAAAAAAAAACUUUAAAAAAGAA